AUGUCUUGUGCCACUGAACAUCCGGAAACCAAAAACUGUUGCAAUGGACGAUCGUCUGCCACUGGACCCUCAGAACCUAUAAACUGUUGCAGUGGACAAUUGGUUGAGAGGGAGAAUCAGACGUUUAAGAAUCUUCUUGGAGUCACUACCUCGGAACCCGAUCUUUCCAAAUCAUUCUACCAACGACAGUUGCCUACGCAUCUCGUUCGAUUCGCGUCACCAGAAGGCAAAGCCCUGUUCCGAAAAGCCAUGGAUGUGGGGCAUGCUGAAAACUUUUUCCCUCUCACCGGCAACUUUACCACUCAAUCUGAACCUGCGUUUUGCGGUCCUAGUUCUCUGGCCAUGGUACUCAAUGCGCUGGAAGUGGAUCCAAAGCGCAUUUGGAAAGGCAACUGGCGAUGGUUUUCAGAUGAGUUACUGGAUUGCUGCGCUACAACCGAACAGAUGAAAGAGAAUGGCAUUACGUUUGGCCAAUUUGCUUGUUUGGCGGGAUGCCAUGCAAAUGUUGUAGUGAAGCAAGCGCCCACUUUUACAUUUGAAGAAUUCAAGCAAGAUGUAGCAGAUGUUACGGCUCGAUCUGAUCAAUUUAUGGUGAUUUCUUUUUCAAGAAAGACGUUGCAGCAGACGGGCGAUGGUCACUUUUCACCGAUCGGUGCCUAUAACCCUGAGAAUGACAUGGUGCUUGUGCUCGAUACAGCUCGCUACAAAUACCCAAGCUACUGGUGCGAUAUCAAGACACUCUACGAGUCCAUGAAACCGAUUGACAAGGAAACAGGUCGUCCUCGAGGAUAUUUCUUGCUAAGCUACGACACUGAAAACCCGCCUAUGCGUAAAUGCAAAACUGGGUCAGAAUCGUCAUGCUCACUACAAAUGGAGAAAGACAGGAGAUCCGGUGAUGGGGUGACUAUCACUGGAACCGAAUCUGUUCAGUUAAACUGGUCCACGGUCAUCCAAAAGAACUGCAGACGCGUACCAGAAAACAUCUGGCUGGAGAAACCAAAAUCGCUAGAGUCUGCUGUGGAACAGAUUUUGCAUGACGUACCGUUGGAAUUCAAGUCGACGUUGACGGAUCAACUUUUGACUUGUGCAGAUGGAGCUGCGUUGCCGAAAUCGGCCAAUCGAUACAUUGAUCGUGUACUUCAAGAAACGACACAGUCACCGUUGUACUCGAUGAUACGGGAUGUUCUGCACGGGCAUGAUACAGCGAAACCAGAAGGGCCUGAUGUUCGGGCUGCUUUUGCUACUCUUUUCAUCUUGGGUUCGCCUCGCAUGCUGUUCGCGUCCCUACCGCGAGAUGUGCUGGACCAAUUGGAGGAAUACAGAAAAAACGACUACAUCACAGAUAUUGUGAAGCGACAAGUCCAGCAGAUUUCGACUGCCGUCGACGAACUAACAAAGACUUUCUGCACGUGUGGCCCGGAAUGGAUGCAGCAACAGACCAACGCAGACUCUGCUUGCGCCAAAAAUGGCCCAUCGCAGUAA